UAAAAACUUUAGGAAAUGUGUAUUAAAGAUUACACUCACCAUACCAUAAAAGGGUACAUAUCCACAUUCAAUUUGCCGCCUCAUUUUAAAUGCUACGUAGCAUAACUCACACUUCCUUCCUCGACACUCUUCGCGCCCCUCAGGAAACAUGAAUUCUGAUUCGUCUCGUUCGGCUAAUUCCUCCGCCCAGAAAUCCAAGCGAAUUCGUGACAAUUCAUCUCCGUCGAACCCUUCCGGUGGUGGUGGCAACAAGAGGAAACGGAGCAACCAGAAAACCCUAGGUGUCGCAUGGGGAGCCAAUUCCAUUUCAUCCUCUCGCAAAUCUCCCUUUUCAGAUUUUGGAAGUUAUAUGGUAGAAAAGAACAGGAAACUGCACAAUCAGUUUAAUCUUGAUGCUUCAAGUGCUUCACAUAGUGGUGUGAACUCAGGAAAUCAAAUAUUUCAGGGUGUGUCUAUCUUUGUUGACGGUUUCACGAUUCCUUCCAGUCAGGAAUUGCGGGGUUAUAUGUUGAAGUACGGUGGAAGAUUUGAGAAUUAUUUUUCAAGACGUAGUGUUUCUCAUAUUAUUUGCAGUAAUUUACCGGACAGUAAAAUAAAGAAUCUCAGGUCAUUCAGCCGUGGACUCCCAGUUGUAAAACCCACAUGGAUCUUGGAUUCUGUUGCUUCUAAUAAGCUAUUAAGCUGGGUUCCUUACCAACUUGAUCAGCUUGUAAAUAAUCAACCAAGAUUAUCAGAAUUCUUUUCUAUGAAAAAAGGUCCAACGGUGGAGAAACCCAAAAUUUGCUUGACUUCUGAAAAGAAAUAUGAAACAGAAGAUUCACUGUCCCCGGUGGCCAUGAAUUUGAAGGAUACCACUUUGUCGGAAGUGAAUGAAUCGGUAGGAUAUAGAGCAGAGUUGCAUUCUGACUCUGAAAUGAAUCUUCAAUAUAAUGCAGAUGCUAAACUGAAUGAGACGUCAAGUGAUGAUUUAGAGGCUGCCAAACUGAAGGAUACAAGUAUAUCUGAUGUAGAUGUAUCUAUUGAAUAUAAACCACAAUUUUGUGGAAGUUUUGAGAUGCUCCCUCAGAAGGAUGCUGAUGUAGAAGUACAGAAAGGACCAAGCAGUGAAAAAUAUAAUUAUGCAGGUGAAGAACCAGGAAUUGAUGAUGUGGGUCAGAGCAGUGAAGAAAAUAUAUCUAGUUUUCAUGGUUUGUCUGCAUCAACACACAAUGGUAGCACCAAUAGUGAUGGAUCAUCAAGUUCUAUGGCGGCUGGGUCUUCUAAGCUGCAGCAUUCAACACUAGAGAAUCCAGAUUUUGUGGAAAAUUAUUUCAAGAAGUCAAGGCUUCAUUUCAUUGGAACUUGGAGAAAUCGUUACUAUAAGCGUUUUCCACGGUUAGCUAAUGGAUCCAAUUCUGUGACUUCUCCUAUCAAUGGUUCUUCCCACGAUCAGUCUGCCACUAUUAUCCAUGUUGACAUGGACUGCUUUUUUGUCUCAGUGGUUAUUCGAAACAUUCCAAAAUUUAAGGAUAGGCCUGUUGCUGUAUGCCACUCAGAUAAUCCUAAAGGAACUGCAGAAAUUUCAUCUGCAAACUACCCUGCUCGAAGUUAUGGAGUCAAAGCAGGAAUGUUUGUUAGAGAUGCAAAAGCUCUUUGUCCCCAUCUUGUUAUUUUUCCAUAUGACUUCAAGUCCUACGAGGGGGUAGCCGAUCAGUUCUAUGAUAUAUUGCACAAGCAUUGUGAGAAAGUGCAGGCUGUAAGUUGCGAUGAAGCAUUUUUGGAUAUCUCGGGCACAAACAAUGUAGAUCCCGAGGUAUUGGCUUCAAAAAUAAGAAAAGAAAUCUUUGAUACAACAGGAUGUACUGCAAGUGCUGGAAUAGCUACAAAUAUGCUAAUGGCUCGCCUUGCCACUAAAACUGCAAAACCGGAUGGUCAGUGUUACAUUCCUUUAGAGAAGGUUGAUGAUUAUUUAAAUCCGCUUCCUAUCAAGGACCUUCCUGGAAUAGGGCAUGCCUUAGAGGAGAAGCUGAAGAAAAGAAGUGUUUUGACUUGUAGUCAGCUGCGUAUGUUAUCCAAGGACUCUCUUCAAAAAGACUUUGGAUUAAAAACGGGGGAAAUGUUAUGGAACUAUAGUCGAGGGGUGGACAAUCGUGCAGUUGGGUUGAUCCAGGAAAGCAAAUCCAUAGGAGCUGAAGUGAAUUGGGGUGUUAGGUUCAAGGACUUCAAAGAUUGUCAAUGCUUUCUCUUGAACCUCUGUAAGGAGGUUUCAUUACGGUUGAAUGGAUGUGGAGUGCAGGGACGCACCUUUACCCUCAAGAUAAAAAAACGGAGAAAAAAUGCUGAUGAACCCACAAAGUAUAUGGGCUGUGGAGAUUGUGAAAACUUGAGCCAUUCAUUAACGGUUCCUGUUGCCACUGAUGAUCUGGAAAUUCUUCAAAGAAUAGUAAAGCAACUUUUUGGGUUUUUUGUCAUAGAUGUCAAAGAAAUUCGAGGUAUUGGCUUACAAGUUUCGAAACUUCAAAAUGUGGAUAUCUCUAGGCAAGGGACGAAAAGAAAUUCUUUGGAUUCAUGGCUCAGUUCAUCUGCAACUACAAAUGUAGAAAAUGUCAUUGGUCCUUCGGUAAAGGAAGUGGCUAAUAUAGAUAAUGAGAAACAGAGUAACUCUGGAACUUUAGAUCAGUUAUCUGCUGAUCCUAUAAGCCAUCUGAUUCAGAUGGAGAACAACCGGCACCACAGUGAAGCUUUGAACCCGGUUUCACCUCCACCUCUUUGCAAUCUGGAUAUUGGAGUUAUAAGGAGCUUACCUCCUGAACUGUUUUCAGAGUUAAAUGAAAUUUACGGUGGGAAACUAAUUGAUCUCCUAUCUAAGAGCAGGGACAAAAAUGAAGUUUUCUCUUCUUCUAUAAGGGUUCCGUCUCAAGGAUCAGGAGGUGAUGGACUUACUUUAUCGGAUAUCCAAGGAAACAAAGUACAGUCCGAAAAUAAGCAUAUUGUUGAUCGUUCACCACCUGCACAGAUUUCUAGGGAAGGAUUGUACACUAUGAUGGCUCCUAUUAGCACCUCUGGAUCUCAUAGAAUUGAUUUACUACCUUCAUCUCUAAGUCAAGUAGAUCCAUCAGUAUUACAAGAGUUACCUGAACCACUGAGGGAUGACAUACUUAAGCAACUCCCAGCUCACAGGGGAAAUGAGCUUUCUUUGGAACACGCAAUCAAAGAUCAGCGGGAAUCAGGCAGUGGUGUUGAGAAUACAUCUGGCUCAGUGGAUCCUUUGAUGGAAAACGAUCUUUGGUCUGGGAACCCACCUCUAUGGGUUGAUAAAUUUAAAGCCAGCAAUUGCUUGAUAUUAGAACUUUUUGCAGAGAUCUAUACAGAAUCCGGAUUACCGGGAAAUCUAUAUGAGAUUUUGCUAAGGACUUCAUCUCAAUCUUGGCAUCCUUCAGCUGCAGAUUCUGAUGGUUGGGAUGGUGCUAUCUAUGGCUUAUGUGAACUUCUAAAGCAGUACUUUAAGUUAAAGAUAGAGUUGGACAUCGAGGAGACCUAUGUUUGUUUUCGUCUGCUUAAGAGGUUAGCAAUGAAGUCCCAGCUGUUUUUGGAAGUCUUCAACAUUAUUGAUCCAUACCUUCAGGGGGCAGUCAAUGAAAUUUACGGCGGAAGUUUGAAGGUGUAGACCCAUCACGCAGAGUGUUUUCUUGACCAGAUGGCGUUGAGAUGGAAAUUAGGUUAAGUGCUCACAAAUUCGAAGUGCCACCACUCUACUCUAUCAAGCUCGGUAUAAAGAAGUUCCAGCAUAUGGAAUACAAAACUAAGUUGUGGAGAAAAAAUUCUCAGUCGUUUCAGAAAUUUCCUUUGGCACGACGGUAAAGACAGGCGGUUUCCACCUCAUUUAAUGAAAAGAGGUUAAAGUCCCUAUCGAAGUUGGUGAUCUUCACAUUUGGGAAUUUAAAAAAAAAAUUAAAAAUCGGAAACAUGCAGUUCGAGAAGCUUGGAAUAAUUCUUCUGCUUGCUGGGAUUUAGGCUAUAGGAUGAACUUAAAGGAAGAAGAAAUCGUAGGAUUGGCACCGUUGUCCCGCCUCCCAUCAGACAGAUAUCUAUUCACUCGGGAGGACUUUUGGGUUUGGAGAAAGGAAUUAAAUGGAGCUUUCAACGAUCAGUCUCCAGCUCCAAACCUUGCUUUUGCUUCUGUGGCCCAAAGUACAUAACACCCAUUUAUUUGGAGAUUUGGUGGGGAAAGUGUCGAGUAAAGGUCGAAGAUCAUAAAUCCCACGACUCAAGGGGCAAAGGAGGAACAAAGUUGUUGAUUACGUCCCAAAUCCAACUAGGGAAACCAUAGUUACCCACACCUCAAUUCAACUUCCAAAGUGCUACACAAAAGACCCAAAAUCAGGUCGAAACCAUGUGACAAAACAAGCAACUUGAUUUCGAGCACCAAGAUAGAAAGAGAGAGACAUUUCCCAACUGCUUAGCUAGCAACAAUAGCACUCUUCAAUUCUAUUUUGCUUCAGGUUGGCAAAGAUUUUACUUCAAAUAUUCAAAUCAGACGAGAAGCAUCCCUUUGGUAAGCCGUUUAAUUCUUGUUAUACAUAUGUAUAUAUAUAUCUUGUCAACUGUUGUCUUGCACUUUCCUUCUAAUUCACUAGAUCUAUCUGCUGUAGUCUUCUUUUUUGGAGUCAGCUAUUCUUCAAUUAAAAAAAUUUCUUAGACUCAACGUUAGGGUAUAUGUGGUUUGUUUUUAUAAUUGAUCCUUAAAAAGGAGUUAUUUCAAAUCUC